AUGGAUUAUGAUUCAUCAUCAAAGUUCAUAUCUUCCUUAGCAAAGUUUCUUCAGUCACUUUGUAAUGGAUAUGUUGAGUUUGAUUCAGGAGUUCACGUCAUUGGCCAUCUUUACCUCAGUGUUGACACAGGCAAGACGAUAGACUACAUUUUAAAUGAAAAAGUGUGCAAAACCGAUGAGAAUAGUGUCACAUUCAUCAGCAACAGUUUUCACGCACAACCUGCAGAGAAGCCCAAACCUCCUGCUAAAAGAUCUGUGAAAGACUCUGAAAAAGCAGAUUUAAAAGCAGAGGACAGUUCUGAAAAUUAUGUUGGGACCCAGGGAGAACCCAGAAGCACCAAUGUUGGAACUCUGCCCUCAGCUCGGAUUGCUAAUCAAAAUUCCCCUCACUCUCAUGGAGCUAAGAGACCAUAUUCUCCGUCACAUACUUCCCAGUCGAAAACAGGGAGAGUAUCUCCCAGGCACAAAAAGAAUAGAACUGACUCGUUAGAUCCAAAUACUUCACAUCUAGCAAACCCUUCUGUUGAAAGUAAUGUUUCAUCUGUCCCUAGUCCAGCUACUGAUGCUGGUCUUUCAAACACAUCGGCUCGGAAUUCUGAUGUUCCUCACGGAUCACAGAUGAAUGCGCCUUACGAGCAAAAUUACUUCCAGCAAGACGACGAAAACUCAUUGAGCGAAGAGCCGGAAGAGAGAGAUAUUAAGCCUUCCAUUGAUACAGAUGUUACAUUUAUUAAAGAAGAAUAUGGUUCAUCGUCAAGUUGUUCACAGUCUGGCAGCCAGGGCCGUGAUAGGACACAUGGGGAUGAAACAUCAGCUUAUCCAUACCAGUCAAAUCAAGUAUUUCCAGGAGGUUACCCAGGCCAGGGUAGUUUUGGAGCAUCUCAUAGAGCAAAUUUUAAUUCUUCCUCAUCGCACAUGUUUAGUCCAGGGCAGAGUGUAUCAAAAUUUGAUGAAAGUUCGGGAGAUCCAUCAGAUUACUUGCAGAAUGGGAUGUUGUUUACCAAGCAAGAUAUGUUAGAUGUUGGCACACGUUCUGCAUCCUGGAGCCAUACCUGUUCAUUCUGUGACAAAAAGUUUCAGAAUAAAGCAGAUUGCAAGGGCCACAUUAACAGUGUACAUUUGAACGCCAAACCAUUUGUCUGCGAGCAUUGUGCUGUGAGUUACUCUUACAGGCAGAGUUUGAGCAGGCAUCUUGUGAGUUGCAAGAUGAACCCUUAUGUCUAA